AUGGUAGCGAAUAAAAUUGCCAAGAAAGGCGACCUCCAUGUUGCCAUCAUCGGUGAUGAGGAAACUGUCUCUGGGUUUAGCCUAGCAGGUGCCGGUAUGCGCGAUGGAAACGGCGUGACCAACUUCCUAGUGGUUGACGCUAAGACUCGACGCAACGACAUUGAGGAGGCUUUCAAGACCUUCGUCGAGCGUCCUGAUAUCGCGAUUGUCAUCAUCAACCAGCCGAUAGCUGAGCAGAUCCGUCAUGUCGUGCGUAAGUAUACCAGUAGCGGCUCGGCUAUCCCAGCAGUUCUCGAGAUCCCUAGUAAGGAAUCUCCUUAUAACCCGGCACAGGACUCCAUUAUGCAACGUGUGCAGAUGUUCUUUGGACAGGCCUAG